AUGAACGGAAGCCAGAAAUUUUUCUUAUUUACCUUCAUUUUGUUCUUCUCUCCUCCCACAAUUUCCAGUAACAUAAAUGUUGAUGAAAAGCUGAAGAACUCAAUUAAUAACCUAAAAAAAGCAGUGGAGAAGGCUAAAGGAGAUUCAGCAAAAUAUAUAAAUGGGAAAAUGCAGCUUUUGCUCGGUUCAACCCUCCCUAACUGCGAAGGAAGGUGCAAAACAUGCAUUCCGUGCGUGCCGGUUCUGGUGCCCCUGCCGCCGGAGAAACUAGUUCAGAACCGUCGAGACUACUAUCAAGAAAUUUGGAAGUGCGGAUGCGGUGGCAACAUAUAUUUACCAUAUUUCUGA